AGGUGGGGGCCUAUGUCAAGAUUGAGCGCGGCACACACGCGGGGCUGUACGGUCGAGUGACUGAGGUUGGCGGCAUUAACAGUGAAACCCUGGGGGUUCGCUUAGGCGUCAAUGGACAUGUGAUCAGGCUGCCAAGGCGACGCACGGCGCUGGUGAGUGGCGUCGAAUACAAAGCACACCGACACGAUGUCGGAGAAGGUGCAGACCAUGCACAAGCACGAGACAACCGGGAUGAGAAGGACAGGUAUACACACAGGGAGAGUGACACAGAGAGGGGCCGGGGGGAUAGGGAACGGAGUGCACACAGGACUGAGGCCAGGCAAUGGCCGCGUGACAGUAAGGAGGAGAGUGAGAGUGGGGACGAUAGGGAUAGCCGGGACCAUGCAGGCCAAGGCAGGCGCGAGACAUGCGGUGAUGCGCACAAAGGGAGAGGUGGCAGCAGAAAUGGGGAUAGAGACAGGGAUAAGGAUAGAGGCAGGGAUAGGAAACGGUACAGAGGCAGAGACAGCGAUGACGGGGGAGAGCGCAAACGGGGCAGAGAAGACGAUAGAAAUAGAGAGAAAGCCGACAAGGGGGUCUCAAAAGGGCCUACUCGCGAGAGUAGGAGCGAGCGCACAUGGCUGCGCCCGGGUAUCACCGUGCGGGUGGUCAGUCGGACGUAUGAGAGGGGCAAGCACUACACGGCCAAGGUGACUGUGGCGGAUGUGGUGGGCUUGCAUGAAUGCGAGUGUAGGAGUGACAACGGCCGACUGCUGAGUG